GGAGGGCGUGGCCGACUUGUGAAAUGUCAGGGAGGAAUGGCGCUCGGCGCGGUAUUUUGAACAAUCGCCUUUUCCUUUCCUCGCUUUAUCUGGAAACGUUGCCCUGUGUGAAUAUCUCGGGAAUAACGGAGAGCUGAGACUUUGCAAACAUGGAUGUGGUGUCACCAGAGGUCAACAGCCUCCUUCCUGAUGAGAUCAUGGAUACUGAGGCCAUAGAGGACAUCCCUCACUCCCAGCCCGACAGCACCACGGUGCAGUCAGAGCCCAGUGAUGACACAUCGGUCCCGAUGGAAACGGAUACGCCCAUGGCUUCAGAAAGUUUGAGCCUCUGUUCAGAUGCCACUUCAACAGGACAUACUCAGGCUCUGACCACAUCCACCACCACAGACUCCACUUUCAGCAUCAGCUCUGGAAGUCAACUUCCCAUCUCGAUUUCCAGUACAUCGUCACCCCUUCUUACCCUUAAACCUUCCAUGGCGACUUCCACAGCCACUACCAAAACUACAGAUAGUUUGACUGGGACUAGUGUCUCUACUAGUGGGUUACAGAAGCUCACCGCUCCGUUUACCAUCUCUGCCGCAAACCAUCAGAUCAUUCUCAACAAGGUGGCCUCAUCCCAAGCCACAGAGGCAGCAAAGUCUGCAGCCACUCAGCCUCAGGUCAUCAAGCAGGACGGACAAAAACUUUUGGUUACAGCAAUAGGAAAGUCGGGGCAACCGAUAGUGCUGCAGUUACCGCACACGGGCAGCAAGCCUGGCGUUUCACAGACUGCAGUAGACACGAAAUCUCAAGCACCACAGUUUAAAGUGGUGACUAUUGGUGGGAGGUCGGAGAUGAAGCCGGUGAUGGGGAGUACUGGCAACCAGUUGACCACAUUACAGGCCCAGCAGCUGAAAACCGUACAGAUUGCCAAGAAAACGCCAACAUCCUCAGCGGCGCCAAUCAAGUUCAUCAUCACAAAAACUGUUAACAGCAAAGGUCUAAGUCCUCAGACAUCAGUAUCUCCUGUUAUUGCAGGACGGGUCCUGACACAGAAUUCCCCAGUGAUGCCCGCGAGGACCAUUACUCUCUCCGAGCCCCACAACACAAGUAUACAAAGUAUCUCCGGCAAAAAGAUUGCUAUUUCACCCCUUAAGACUCCCAGCAAGGUGACUGUUGUAUCUGUGGCGUCCCCGACCUCCAAUGCCUCUCAGAAAUCGGUGGCGCUGCCUGUCAAUGUAGCACUUGGCCAGCAGAUCCUCACAGUCCAGCAGUCCACAUCUGCAUCUCCAGUCAAGUUGGCCACCAACCAAACCACGACACAGAGUAUUAAACCAGUGCAGUCUGUGGGAGGAGUCGGUGGGUCCCAGUUCAAGACCAUCAUCCCGCUGGGCGCACAGCCGAAUGUGCAGCAGAUUCAGGUGCCAGGUAGCAGGUUCCACUACGUCCGCCUCGUCACAGCAACCACCGCUAGCAGCACGGGACAGCCAAGUGGUCCCAGCACCAGCUCCAUACAGACAGCUAAACCUAUGGUGGUCAGUACAGGAGCAGUCAGGAUGUCUGUCCCCAUCGUCCAGGCACAGAACAUCAAACAGGUGGCUCCUAAGCCCUUGACGUCAGCAGCAGUAGUAACAACCACUCAGACCCAGCAACGCCUGAUCAUGCCUGCAACUCCGCUACCCCAGAUCCAGCCCAACUUCACCAACCUUCCUCCAGGCACCGUUCUGGCACCAGCUCCAGGAGGCGGGAAUGUGGGCUAUGCCGUCGUUCCAGCACAAUAUGUCACACAGCUCCAGCAGUCACCGUUUGUGACCCUCGCCAGCAGCUCUGGGUUCCCUGCGUCCACUGCGAUCCAGACUCAGGCCAGAUUGCCACUCAACGGCUUGUCAACAGCAGAAACAACCUCAAGACCGAGGAAACCAUGUAACUGCACCAAGUCACAGUGUCUCAAACUAUACUGUGACUGCUUUGCAAACGGGGAGUUCUGCAAUAAUUGCAACUGCAAUAACUGCUUCAACAACCUGGAACAUGAAACCGAACGUCUCAAAGCUAUAAAGACGUGUCUGGACCGGAACCCAGAGGCCUUCAAACCUAAAAUUGGCAAAGGCAAAGAGGGCGAAUCAGAUCGUCGACACAGCAAAGGCUGCAAUUGUAAACGAUCAGGCUGCCUGAAGAACUACUGCGAGUGCUAUGAGGCGAAGAUCAUGUGCUCGUCUAUUUGUAAGUGCAUCGGCUGCAAGAACUUUGAGGAGAGCCCAGAGAGGAAGACGUUGAUGCACUUGGCUGAUGCAGCAGAAGUGAGAGUACAACAGCAGACUGCAGCUAAGACCAAGCUGUCCUCACAGAUCUCAGACCUGCUCAUGCGGACGACACCUGUUAUUUCAAGUGGAAGUGGGAGGCUGCCAUAUACGUUUGUAACAAAGGAGGUGCUUGAAGCGACGUGCGAGUGUCUGAUUGAACAGGCCAAAAAGGCAGAACAGACUCAUCAGCCUCAGGCCGAAGCGGAGAGGAUGACCCUGGAGGAGUUUGGACACUGCCUCAUGAGGAUAAUCAACUCCGCGGGGAAAGCCAAAGCAGACUGUACCUCCAUCAACUGCUAGGCCGAGCACUCUGGCUCUCCCCACCCUCAAACCCGCCCCAGCUGUGGGGGCCGAGAGGCAUGGAUUAUCCUGCAUUAUGGCUCGGACCCCCCGGGGGUUUCUCUCCUGCAGGGAAACAGGUCGUGUCCCUCAUCAAAAGGCAGAACAAUGGGCUGAAAGAAGAUUCCCUGCCUUGGGUGAGCUAAGGCCAGCUGGGAUAAUAAACAGGGAACAGACACUGUUCGCCUCCUCCAGCUAAAGGACAAAUGGACAGAGCGAGCUGCCUCUGAUGCACCCUCAAAACUGUUCUCACCCUUGUUCACCUGGCUGUGAUGGAGAGAAAUGACUCUGAGCAAAGAUGUGCUGAACAGGAAUUAAAUAGUUUCUUCUCUUUAUUUUCCCUAUCAAAUCUGUUUUCUCCAAACUUUGUUCUUCCAUUUUAUUCUAUUCCGUUUUUUCAAAAAAAAGAAAUGCCUGUACUCUUGACGUAAUCAGUUGUGCUUACAGUAGCCGAACAACAUGUAUCUUUUGAUAUUUAUUUUGACAUGUAUUUGUAAUCAUUGUGAGCGUUAAUAUUGUGUGGCUUAUAGUGCUGCGAGUUGUUAAUUAAUAACCGAGGCUAGGCUAAAUUGUUUCAGUGAAAUUGAGUAGAGGCAGUCUUAGGUUUUUACCCUAAAGGCAGUUGUAAGAUGAAUGCACACACAUAAUAAAUUAUGCACACACAGCAUUGCCCAGAAUAGUUGGAACACGGCUAGAUUAGCUGAAGUACACAUUUCUACUGGUGCUGUUUCCUGUUUUGUUAGUCACAUGCUUACUGUACAUUAAAAACAGUGAAUGGAAAGAGA